UCCCUCUUUCUCGAGCCCUCUCUUUCUAUCUUUCGACUCUCUACCCUUUCUCUCAUUCACACAUUUUCUAUUCUCCCCGUUUUUUUGUCAAACACAACAAACGCGCCAACAUUCUCUCUCCGUUUUUUCUCAUCGUCUUCCCUUCUUUCUCCAUCUCGCUUCUUUCCUCUUCUCAUCUCUAUUUUUCUAUCCUUGUCUCUCACCUUCUUCCGCGUUCGCGCCUGCGAAAUACGCGCGACGGAAUUCCGCGGCCGUCUGUCAGCGCAAUCAGCAACACCAGCAACAGACCUAACGACAGCAUCAUCAGCGGUCCAAGGUAGUCAACGGUAGCAGCAGCAGCAGCGCUCGAACUAGCCACGCCAGCGCCUCACGUACCAACAGGCGCGCGAGUAUCUAUUUAUAAUUUCGUCAAACGUAACGGAGGACGAAACUGAACGUCAUACCGCGUACGACCACCUACGCCAGCUGCGAGGAAAGCGAACGCCGAGUGUGAGAUCUGGCGGAGACCGCGAGGGUGACGCGGCGCGGCGCGGCCGCGCCUUUAAACCGCGUAGCCGAAAGACGUAAUAGGUUGAUCGCGUGCGACAUCCUCUCGUCGUAAAGUUCAAGGAUUCGAGCCUGGUUUGUUGACCGAAUUUUUGCCCGAAUCCGUCUACCCUUGAGAGAGCGUGUGCCAUCGAUAUUUCUCUCCGCGACGAAUCUCGCAUCCGCGCACUCUCUCUCUCUCCCUUUCUCUCCUAUCGCGACACCGACCAGUCGAUCCGCGCGCGCGGCCACCCCGUCGAGAGAGAAGAGAGGGUGGUGGAGGGCGCCGCGCGAUAGAGGGUGACACGACGGUAAAGUGAUAUCGUGACGCGGGUGGUGUAUCGACGAAGAGGAUCGACGAGGAAACGAUCAGCGGAGUCAUCAGGAAGCGGAAGAAGGCGGGAAAUGGGCAAGGUAUCAUGCGCAACAUCAUCGGGAACGUAACCCUUCGCGCGUUGGGGUCCGUCGCAGUUCAGUGUCGUCGCGCGACGUCGCCAUCAUCGUCGGCGUAGUAGCGCCUCGCCCCAGGCUCGAGGAACCUUGCUCGGCGAGACCCCGAUCGCGUACCUAUGUGUCCGUCCGCGAAGAGUUCGUGAAGACACUUCCGCGACGACGUGAGGGCUUCUUACCCUAUUCGGCUGAGGUGCGCGCUGGUGCGAGCAUGCGGGCUUCGGGCGAGGCCCGGCGAGGCGGCCCCGCGGGUGGACCGGGCUAAAGGAACGAUCGCAUAUCGGGAGGGACACUCGCGAACGCGGGCACGGUGCAUCCGCGGCCGUGCCCGCACUCGCACUCCCUUAUCUCGGCGCCGCGCCGCGCCGGCCACGCGCCGAUCAGACUGAUCCUGAGGACGCGGGAAGCGAGCUGGACUCGCUUUCGGACGCAUGGAACAUGAUAGAGAUGUCGAGUGGACUCGGUGCAACUGCAAUGGGGAUCGGUGUUAGUCACGGGACAGGCGGCGAGGGUGUAGCUAGUGGUUGUCGCCUCCGUGCACAGAACCAAGGCCAGGCCUCGGGAUCCACGAUGCAGCACAGUAAUCCGCAGCAGUCGUCUCAACAGCAGCAACAGUCGCAACAGCAGCAGCAACAGCAGACGCCUGCGUCACAGCAGCAGUCGCAACAACAACGUCAGGCGGUCAUGGGCCGCUCGAAGAAGGACAACUGUUGCCUAUGCUGGUGCUGUUGUUGCAGUUGCUCGUGUAGGAAUAAAUGUUUGGCGGCAGUCGGUGGUAAUUCGACGAGCACAGGAGCGGGUGAUCAGAGCAAGAAGAAGGGCAACGCCGGCGUCGGCGGCGAACAUGGAAGCGGCAUCGGCGUCACUGAUCUCGCGGGUACAGGUGCGGGUAACGGUCUCGACGGACUCGACGGCCUCGAUGGCGGCCUGGAGUGUUGCUUGGAAGAGGUCCGAGCCUGGGGCUCGUCCUUCGACAAACUGAUGAGAAGCGCCGCCGGACGCAAGCUCUUCCGAGAGUUCCUCGUGAGCGAAUACAGCGAGGAGAAUAUCGCCUUCUGGCUGGCCUGCGAACAACUCAAGCGAGAGAGCAAUCCCGAGACGAUCGAGGAGAAGGCGCGCUACAUUUACGAGGAUUACAUAUCCAUACUUUCGCCGAAGGAAGUGAGUCUAGACUCGCGGGUGCGGGAGAUCGUGAACCGCAACAUGGUGGAGCCUACGCCGCACACUUUCGACGAGGCGCAGCUACAAAUCUACACCCUUAUGCAUCGGGACUCGUAUCCGCGUUUCGUCAACAGCGAUAUUUACCGGAGGGUAGCCAGAUUAAAUAGUAGCGGCCCGCCCAGCCCGAGCGCCGAUAAGGAGCACGGUAGUGGGAAGUCGAAAGGCAAGCGAGGGGCAACGUAAUCGUGACGGGUGGUUUAGGGACAUUGGGGAGCGCGGACCAAGACCUCCAAAAUCAACCUUCAGACCAGAUCAUGCGUCGAUCGGCCGAGAGCCGUUCGGCGGCGAGUUCGCGACCGGCAUUACUCCUCUCGAUGGAGAGCCUCCGUCGAGAUAAGGAAUCAUUGCCCGAGCGGACAUGGCCAAUGGAGCUAAUCCCUCUCAGGAGGAAGCCAUCCCGAUCGGGUGGACGACGACGAGCUUUCUGAUCGCUCGUCGGAGCUUGUUCAGUGAUUCGCUCUUCCACGCGAAGGCGCAACGGGGCCACGUAAUCGCGCUCGUCAUUGCACAUGAGCCAUUACAACACCGAUGAUGAUGAAUAACGUUGAUGAUGAUGAUGAUGAUGAUGAUGAUGAUGAUGAUGAUGAUAGAUUGAACGUACGACGGAAUCGCGGUCGCGGUCGAUCGCGUAGAUCACAAAUCGUAGCCGAAGAAAGGAAGGUCACGCGAUCGCUCGGGGAUGACGAACACCGUCGAUCUUCGAGUCACACAAUCCAACCCUCGUCGCCGUUGUAGUUCAGAAGGUCGACUUGAGCUUGCGAGCUUCUUCCUCUCUUUCGCUCUUCUCGGAUUGAAAAGCGAAUUCGAUUGGAAUCGCAUAGCUUGUGUGUCUCACGAUUCGUUACAAAUAGUUAAAAUAUCUCUUCGUUUCUUAGCAACUGUUGGAAGAAAUAAAAGAAGAAAAAUUAGAAAAACUCUUUUAGCUAUUUUUCAAUCAAGUAUACACGUAAAAUAGGGAUAUAUAAAUGCGAUUCCAACUGAACUCGCCGUACCAAAGGAGUUGACCACCAGGUUUCAAUCUAAUAUAUAUGCGACAAAAUGAGAUGUUCGUAAUAUGUAGCACACGAUUGCAGCUAUCUGAGGUGUUUGAUUGAAGCGAUGAUGAUAAUUGCUGCGUACUUCUAGUCGUCCACUCGAAAUUCUGCGAGAAUAUACAAUUUUUCCCGCAAGAGACAAGUGCUAUGAGCUCAUAAAUCGAUACUUGGCGAAACAAUGGAUACUCAUUCUCUCUCAGAACGCUCUUGAAUGGAUCUCAUCGAUCGUGUCUCCUGUGAACUUACAGAUAGAUUAACGCGCGUAGCAAAGGCUCGUCGAGAGUAUAGAUUUAAUCUGCUCAAGAUCGAAUUCGCCGGUUGCUCUCUUUCUCCUGUUUCCGCGACGUUUUAUCUUCCACGAUCGGAAGAAAAUCGAGUCUCAAACGUUGUAAUACAGCCCGCUGUAACGUCAGGGUAACGCAUCGUAAACGUAACGUAUUUUUUAUGAUCGCGCAUUUUUCUAUAAUCACCAGUAGUUCGCGUCCGAGUCUUUCUCCUCGGGAAAGAUGGGGUCGCGAAAUCAUAUGUACUUAUUCAGAAAGAUGAGAAGAGCGUCGGGAAAGAGAGAGGAAGGGGGAGAAACAGAGGGAGAUUGCGAUUCUCCGUCAAGCAUAUCGGCACCUUCGCUUCCAUCGCGCUUUCAAAGGGUCGGAUGGAUCUUCUGGUCGCUUCUGGUGCGUCAUCCCCAUGGCGGAUAUCGAGCUACUGCCAGCGAGAACACACCAAAAGAUCGAACGUGCGUCGAAGCCAACCAAUAUGACGAUCUCUCUCAUCAAAGAGAGGACUCAACUCAAUCAACACAUGUUACGUACAAACGCGCACACGACCACACAAACACACGCACAUAUACAUACAUAUAUAUAUAUAUAUAUAUAUAUAUGCAUAUAUAUAUAUAUUUACGCAUACAGGAGACGCACACACGCUGACGCAACGCGCGUACGCUCGUGUAGAAUCUAGUCAUCGUCACGCGAAAAUGCGAUUCGGGAAUACGCGUGAUUGUGGAAGAAAAAGGCGGCCUAAACACGAGAAAAAUACCAAGUGUCCCUCGAACUCACGUGAAAUCAAGGCUUCGAAAUUAGACUGUCAUCAUUGAUGCGAAUCAGAAAGAAAGAGGAAAAACAAGAGUGAUGAGAUGAAAGAAAGAGAGAGAGAGAGAGAGAGAGAGAAAGAGAGUGAAAGAGAGGAGUAAAACGGCGAAAAGCGGUGAGUCGUCGCGGCGCGAACGCAAUUCUUAGCACUAAUUUUCAUAAGUAUAUAAGUACGGAAUAGAAUCUAAAAUAAAAAAUAAAAAAGAAUCACGACGACUCGAUUCGCGCCGCGAUGUCUGCUCGCCGCCAGGAUUUCUUCUCGGCCGCGAUGCGCUUGAAUAGCUCGUCACAUGGACAAUUCGCUAUCGGGGAUUUAGCUUUCGUUUCCAAAAAAAUCUUGCAAUUCUCCUUGUAGGUAGGUUUACGUCUGAGAUUUAUCGCGUGGCACCGUAUAGUAUUACGACAACGGUAAGUAAUGUAAGCGCGCUGAAGAGAAUUUGUAUCAGAUAUUGCGUUACAAUGAGAGCGCACGUUGGCGGAGAAGUGUCAGAAUCGUGGAACUAAUGUUAAAUGUAAAUCUAACUUAAUAUAAUGUCUCCCUUCCCCAAGAAAUCCCCCGGCGUUUAUACUUGUGUCAGCCACAUGUUUCGUUGAAUGAAAAUGUCAGACGUAAACUUGCUACCGCUGUUCGCAUCUCGUCAUGAGAGAUCGAUCUUUGCGUCGCGAUCGAGAAGAGAGCGACGUUUGGCCGAGGCGUAUCGUAAGCUCAAAAAUGAAAACAAAAUGACUCGUAUAGCUUUUUCUUUCCUCGUGGAACUUAUCGACGAACAAACGGGGGAUAUUUGCCGUCAUCAAUAAAACGACCAAAAAGAGCGGUGAAGUUCGAGCGCAUCGCGGCGCGUCCGUGCAAUCUCCAUUCGCGAUAUAGAUCGGUAAAUACACAUCGCGAUAUGUCAAACGUAUAUACAUAACACACACAAAAGGCGCACGUGCUCUCCUGAGGAUCAUCGAAAUGACGAGGAGGGCGAGACGACAUAUACAUAUACGAGCGCGCAUCUCUCUAGUCAAAUCGUCGACAUCGUCGCGAGCGGACAGCACAAGCGACAACACUCGCACAGUCAGUCAGCGUUUGGCUACUGCCCUGUAGAUAAUAUAUAGAUAGGUAUAUAAUGAACGAAGAGGAUUAAUGAUUAUAAAUAUAAAUAUAUAUAUAUAUAUAUAUAUAUAAAUAUGAAAAAAGAGAGAAAAGAAAUAUAUAUAUAAAUAUACAGAAAAACAAUGUGCUAUGUUCCACAUAGGUGCAGAAUGCGAGCGUGCGGGAAUAAAUAUAACAGUGAGAAAGAGAGAAUGUGAGAGAAUGAGGCGCGAUUCUCUCUUUUUAAUCUUCGAUUUCUUUGUUCGACGCGAGGACAGCCCGUUUGCCGCGAAAAUCGAAAGACGGUAAAUUAGGGGAUAUCUUUCCAAAUCGAUCUUAAUUUUAACAUUGACGAUAAACACCGUACUCGCGCGACACCGAAGCGGACGACGAACGUGAUAUGAUGAAGAUCGUAAGCAGUGAAAAUUGCGCAAUUAGAUCGAGAGGAGGAGAGGAUAGAGCGAUAAUACAAUAUACGUAUAAAUAGGUGUAAAUGUCCCUUUAAGACCUGUGAAUGCCUUAUUAUUAUUAUCUUCCUUAAUUAUUAGUGUCUUCAUAAUUAUUCCUUAUUACUGCUACUGUGUGAUUCUGCAUUAAAUUUCUUAUUAUAAACCCUUUAUAUAGGUACAGAGAUUUAAUUGCUUUUACUUGCUGCGAUUUUGCAAGUAAAUCGCAAAGAGUAUGUGAUAUAGAAAUUUUGUGAUAUAGAAUGUCGAAGAGAAAUGCUCGAACUCGUCGCUCUCUCUUCUCUUACCUCCAGCAGGGCUAUUCAUUUAGGAUCUCAACGUGGCUUCCGGAGGCCUCGCGUCGGCAUCGUCGAUGAAAUUAAGCGGUGAGAUUGCUCGAACGUCGUCUUCACUAAUAAACGCACAAUUUUCUCAACCUUCGA